AUAUAUAUAACUUGCAAAGUUUGUUAGUGCAAGAAAACAGUGAACAUUUUCAAGAUUUCUAUUCACGGGGGCGGCUUCUUUUUUGUCAUUCUACCUAAAAACUCCCUCUUAAUAACACCAUCCAAACUAUAUACUACAUAUAUUUAUAUAUAUACACUCACUUUGUUACAUCAUUUUCUCCAUCUAAAAAAAAAACUUCCCUUUGUUAGAUUGGCUUUUCUUUGAAAAAAGUUAGUGAUCUUUUGGAUGAUAAAAAUCAAAGAGUAUUACAACAUGGAAUCUCAUGAUGAUCGUGAUCAAGAUCAAGAUCACAACUUGAACAUGGUGAUCAAAAGAAGGCGGACUAAGAGACCUAGGCCGCCUUCUCCACUAGCAUUAGGGAUUACUACUAGCUCGUGUAGCACCGUGGAAGGCACUAAUAGUGGUGGUGAAUUGGUGGAUGGACACGUGGCAAACUCCUCAUCACGUUCUAAUAAUUGUGGUGGGAUUGAUGAUAAGAUCGUCAGGAAUAUUACGAAUCAGGAAGAAGAAGAUAUGGCGAAUUGUUUGAUUCUUUUAGCACAAGGUCAUAAUUACCAAAAGUCGUUGUCGUCUCAAUCUCCAACAUUGGAUGUUUACCAAUGCAAGACGUGCAACCGUUCCUUCCCAUCUUUUCAAGCACUUGGCGGACACAGAGCAAGUCAUAAGAAACCAAAAACCCUAGAAGAUCAAAUCAAGAAUUCAAAAUCAAUUGAUCAUCAACAAGUCGAGAAUACUAUUCGUCUUAAAUUGAACAACAACAACGACGAUCAUGUCACAACUCUAUCACUCCAAAUCCCGAGCAACAACACCACCACCACCAACAACAACAACAACAACAACAAGAAUAAGAAUAGGAUUCACGAGUGCUCGAUUUGUGGGGCCGAGUUCACCUCGGGUCAAGCCUUAGGUGGACACAUGAGAAGACAUAGACCAUUACCAAAUAGUAUUGCAAUUGUAUCAAACCAGAGCCAUGAAGAAUCUCAUCAUGAUCAACAAAUCAAGAACACAAGGACAUUUUUGUCAUUGGACCUUAAUCUCCCGGCGCCGGAAGACGAUCACCGGCCGGAAAAUUCUAAAUUCACCUUUGCUACAAAAGAACAAGUCAUUGUCUUUUCAGCUUCACCUUUGGUUGAUUGCCAUUACUAAAUCAUCAACACUCCCUUUAUUUUUAUUUUUUUUAAAUCUUGAUUUAUUUAAUUUUAAACCAUUGACAAUUGUGAAUUAAUUGUAAACA